CUCCGUGCGGAGGGGAAGGGCGGGUUGCACCGCCUUCUUUUUGCUCCCCUCGCCCUCCCCAUGCCCCUUCCCCGCUCAGCUCCCCAUUGCCCACCCGGCUCCCCCGGCUGGCCCUGGGCUGCGUGGAGUGACCCGCACGCACGGGAAUGAUCAUUUUGAUGCCUGGGAAGUUGUAUUAACCACAAAAGGAUGGAGGUGGUGAAAUCAGCCUGUUCUGAGGACUUCAGCAACACUAAAGAAACACCUGAAAAACUGCAGUCUCUUCUUUUGGACAGCCUGGUGGAUGAUACUAAGGAAGCAACUGAUGUCCCCAAUCGCCUUGUGGAAUCCAAGAUUUUUAGAAAGCUUGUAAGAAAUGAUGUCAUACAGGCUAAACCUGCCAUCAUGCACUUUGGAGGGUAUAUAAAGGAACAACAUCACCAACAAGUACUGAAACUUUUGAAUAUUUCAAGCGAAGUUAUAAAUUUCCAUGUUAUUCCACCGGAGACAAAGUACUUUCAGAUCAAAUACAGCAAACUACAACCGCUUGUCCCUGGCUUGUCCUUCAUAAUUUUGGUUGAUUUCUGUGCUGAUGAAUGGCGAUACUAUUAUGACUGCAUUAGAAUCCAUUCUCAGGGAGAUGACACAUUGCUGGUUCCUCUACAUGCCUAUCCUGUGAUGAACACUUCAGAAUUUCCAUCCUUCAUUAAUUUAUCUGAUGUUUCUCUAGGACAACGUAAAGAAUAUGUGAUUCCCCUGGAGUGCAGCUGUCCUAUAGAUUUUGAGUUCCACAUAGAAUAUCUUCAGCCUCACAAAGCCUUUACGGUUCAUCCAACAUCUGGAAUAAUUCCUGCCAACGGGAAAGCAGAUAUUAUGGUAACAUUUGCACCGUUUGAAUACGGAACAGCCCAGAUGAAAAUGGAGUUGUGGAUUUCACAAUUUAACUCAAAACCAUAUGUUUGUGCGUUCACAGGAACAUCAUUGCCACGCCCUACAUUAACGAGAGCAGACUUUGAGAAGCAAGAAGCAGUUUUGGCAAGAAUACCAAAGUCUCCACAAAAAGCAGUGGCACGGCUACUGCAGAAGACGGCAUUGCCAAAGCAAGAACGGGGCAGUCCCAUACAAAAACCACAGGCCAUUGAAUAUAAAAACUUGAGAUUCCCAGCUGAUUUGUCAAAUCCCUAUGCUGUGGGAACUGUUUUGGUUCAGGAACCAGGCAAAAUAAAGAUUAAAUACUUAAGAGAAGUCCUAGGAGGGCAAGGUGAUGGAGGAGCUAUAACAAGGCAGGUGAAAGAAGCUGUUUUUGAAUUGAAAGUCAAGCAGGACAUACAAGCAGAGCUAACCAACCAACUUAAAUGGCAGGUUCAUUUAGGCAAAGAUCCAAUUUCUCCAACUUUUCAAAAGCAAUUUUCCGAAGACCGAUGUAGAGAAGUAGAACUGUACAAGAUUAAAAUGGGAGAGCCUAUUAAGGAGAAGGAGUUUCAAAGGAAGAAUGUUGAAGUUUCAGUCAAACGUGUCAUCCGAGAGAUUGGCGAGCCCCCGAAAUUCUAUCCCACAUUUGAUCUCCUGCUAAACAACCCUUGGUGUCACAGGCACUGGAAUCUGCGACGGUUCCAACAAGCUGCUCGAAAGAUUGUGGUUCACUGCCGGCUCAAUCGUGUGCUAAGUGUGUGGCGUGGAGUAUUUAAAAAUAUUAAAAACCAAGAAGAGGAAGAAGCAUUCCCAUCAGAAAGCAGCAGUUCCGAAACGACCAGCACACUAGCAAUAAGUGAUGAUGGAAGAGUGCCUUGUGUCCUCACAGAAGAUCGCCUGCUGCCUUCUGAAUUCCCCACUUACAGUUCGUCUCGGGCUUAUGAGCUGGCACCUGAAGUUCUCGGUAUAGUUCCUGUCAGGUCUGCAAAUGUUAAGAUUAAACAACUUCACCACUUCUAUGAAUUAAAGGUCCCUCAGCAUUUCACCCUCAUGGCAUAUCAGCCAUUCUGUGUGCACCAUGCAGCAACCAGUUACACAGUUCCAAAAUAUUCCCAAAUUCUGAGGACCGGUGCAGAGGAAGAGUUGAUCCCAGUAAUACCAGCGUCAGAGGAAAAACUCCAGGCACAAGAAGACGACCUGGACACCACCCUGCUAAACCUUAGAGCUCCCGAAGGUUUGCUUCAUCCUCCAACCGAUCAUCCUCUUCAAAUUUUUAAUCCUAGCCCAGGACUGUGUGAGUUCAAGCAGCCAUUUCCCUACGCAGAAAGCAGCAUAGAAUAUCAUAUUUGCCCCGUUCCGAAAUAUGAACUUACUAAGAAGUUCCCACCAAAAUCCUGCAUACCAAUGACACAGAAGAAGUUCCUUCAUCACAGGGAAGUGAUUCAGGGCCUAACCAGCUGGAGAAAAUUCCCAUCAGUUACCCAUUCGACUUUACCUAAUGUACCUGUUCUGAACAACAUAGCAAUGCCAUUCUGCAUUGAUCCCUACAAUGAAGUCCUGAUUCCAAAAGCUGUACCUCCAAUACUGAACGACUUGCCAGAGCAUGAUAAGGAAAAUGUAAUUGAUGAAGUGGCUGACGUGGAGUCUCCAGUAUUGCUCAUACCGGAGAUGGUAAAAGCUGAAUUUCCACAGACUGACCUCCCAUCUGAUGAGAACAGAUCACAAAAGUAUGGAAGUGAAAUAAAUAUAGAUUUUAAAGCUGCCUCCUGCACAUCGGUGAGUACUUCUGCACCUGUAUCCAGAGAUAUAAGAGACAUCGUGGACUGGUAUAUUCAAACUCAGAACAACAUUUUUGGACAAAGGAUAGGCGAAUCUAUGGAGAAACUGAAGGAAAAGGCCGUUCAGAAGCACCUAAUCCUCAACUAAAUACUAUGCUGAAAUAGUUUCAUGCAUCAGCCAGACUUUCUACAUUUUUAAAGUAGUAUAGCUUCUUGUGAAAAUAAAAGCUAUGCACACUGUUAUAUUUUCAUGUGAGGACCCUGAACAUUGCAAAUUAUAUGCCACGUGAAUUGGAAGUAUAAUAUAUUUCAUUUCCUCUCCAUACCUAUACAUCAGUUGCUUCAGAAAAUGGGCCGUAUUAUGUAUCAGCUGGCUUGCAAGAGCAGCUUCACACACUAACAGAGAGAAAGGUUGAGGGAAAACACCAGGUGAACAGUUAAUAUCAGUGGUGGGAUGCCCUCCCAUCUUUAUUAUUUUAUACAAAGCUGUUUCUGAGAAACCCUGUGUCUAGAUUCUUUGACAACCAUGUUGCUAUGUAUAUAUAUAUAUUGCCAUAUACAUGUUUGGUCCAUAGCUUACCCACCUGUGCAUACACUGAGAGAAAGAGCACAGUGUUGUGUAUCUUGUGUGAC